UGGGCUACUUAAGAUCCUGUGUCAUGAAACCAAAAGCCAAACAAAUAAAAUAGGUGACUACAAGGGAAUGCUCCUGAGACCCACGGAAACGCGGGUGGCCGUGGGGAGGGUCAGGUGUGGCAACAGCAGAGGGCGCCGUGCGCCCCGCGGGGUCACGCCGCCCCCUCCCCCGCGCCCUGGCCGGACUUUCCAUGCUAUUUUUACGCGCGGACACCGGACACCCGGCUGGGCCGGCUGCGGCACCGGGGCCGGGCGUCGGACCACACGUCCGUCCGCCGGUCGUCCGAGCUGCGCGCGCUAUGGAGCCGGGGUGCCCGCCGCCCUGCGGCUGCUGCGAGCGGCUGGUGCUCAACGUGGCCGGGUUGCGCUUCGAGACCCGCGCGCGCACGCUCGGUCGCUUCCCGGACACGCUGCUGGGGGAUCCGGUGCGCCGCAGCCGCUUCUACGACGGCGCACGCCGCGAGUACUUCUUCGACCGACACCGGCCCAGCUUCGACGCGGUUCUCUACUACUAUCAGUCGGGCGGACGGCUGAGACGGCCGGCGCACGUGCCGCUCGACGUCUUCCUGGAGGAGGUGUCCUUCUACGGGCUGGGCGCGGCGGCGCUGGCACGGCUGCGCGAGGACGAAGGCUGCGCGGUGCCACCCGAGCGGCCGCUGCCGCGCCACGCCUUUGCGCGCCAGCUCUGGCUGCUCUUUGAGUUCCCCGAGAGCUCGCAGGCUGCGCGAGUGCUCGCCGUGGUCUCUGUGCUCGUCAUCCUCGUCUCCAUCGUGGUCUUUUGCCUCGAGACGCUGCCAGACUUCCGCGACGACCGCGACGACCCGGGGCUCGCGCCGGUGGCGGCUGCUACUGGCCCGUUCCUCACUCGGCUGAAUGGCUCCAGCCCCAUGCCAGGGGCUCCUUCCCGUCUGCCCUUCAGUGAUCCGUUUUUUGUGGUGGAGACCCUCUGUAUCUGCUGGUUCUCCUUUGAGCUGCUGGUGCGUCUGGUGGCCUGCCCAAGCAAGGCCGUAUUUUUCAAGAAUGUGAUGAACCUUAUCGACUUCGUGGCCAUCCUGCCUUACUUUGUGGCGCUGGGCACCGAGCUAGCCCGGCAGCGGGGUGUGGGUCAGCCGGCCAUGUCCCUGGCCAUCCUAAGGGUCAUCCGAUUGGUGCGUGUCUUCCGUAUCUUCAAGCUAUCCAGGCAUUCAAAGGGCCUACAGAUCCUGGGUCAGACGCUGCGGGCCUCCAUGCGUGAACUAGGUCUCCUCAUCUUCUUCCUCUUCAUUGGUGUGGUCCUCUUUUCCAGUGCAGUCUACUUUGCUGAAGUGGACCGGGCGGAUACCCAUUUCACCAGCAUCCCAGAAUCCUUCUGGUGGGCAGUGGUCACCAUGACCACAGUUGGCUAUGGAGACAUGGCACCCGUCACCGUGGGUGGCAAGAUCGUGGGCUCUCUGUGUGCCAUUGCCGGCGUGCUCACCAUCUCUCUGCCUGUACCCGUCAUUGUCUCCAACUUCAGCUACUUUUAUCACCGGGAGACAGAGGGUGAAGAGGCAGGGAUGUACAGCCAUGUGGACACGCAGCCCUGCGUCACACUGGAGGGCAAGGCUAAUGGGGGACUGGUGGACGCUGAGGUCCCUGAACUCCUGCCGCCACUCUGGCCUCCCGCUGGGAAACACAUGGUGACCGAGGUGUGA